AAGUAAAAAUACAUCUAGAGACGUCAUUCAUUCAAAAAUGGCAGCCAUGAAGCCGUCCAAAGAACAGAAAUACGACAGACAGCUGAGGCUGUGGGGAGACCAUGGUCAGGAAGCUUUGGAGAAUGCACAUGUUUGUCUAAUCAACGCCACAGCCACUGGGACAGAGAUACUAAAAAACCUUGUCCUUCCAGGUAUUGGAGCUGUCACCAUAGUUGAUGGGCACACAGUGAAGGGAGAAGAUGUCGGCAACAAUUUUUUCCUGAGUAACACCAGCAUUGGAAAGAACAGGGCACAGGCUGCCACAGAGCUGCUCCAAGAACUUAACAGUGAUGUUUGUUUAAACUUUGUUGAAGAGAGCCCUGAACAGCUCCUGGACAAUGAUCCAGAGUUUUUCUAUAGAUUUACCUUGGUCAUUGGUGUCCAGUUGUCACAAAGUACGUGUUUGAGACUUGGCGCACUUCUGUGGAGUGCAUCUGUACCAUUUCUAGUCUGUAAAGCCUACGGCCUUGUUGGCUACAUGAGACUAGUGGUUAAAGAACAUACAGUGAUAGAAUCGCACCCAGACAAUACCUUGGAAGACCAGUUAGACCAGCCGUUUGUAGAAUUUAAAAAUCACAUUGGCUCCUAUGACUUGGACACCAUGGAAAAAAGAGACCACAGUCACACACCGUGGCUCAUCAUUGUUGCCAGAUACUUGGAGAAAUGGCUCUGUGAGCACGACUGUCAACCACCAAAAAGUUACCGGGAGAAAGAGGCCUUUAGACAGUUUAUUCGAGAAGGGAUCUUGAAGAAUGAGAAUGGUGUACCUGAAGAUGAAGAAAACUUCGAGGAAGCCAUAAAGAAUGUCAAUACUGCUUUGAAUCCAACCAAGGUUCCUGAUGUUAUUACCAACCUCUUCAACAGUGAAGAGUGUAUGAACAUCACAUCAGAGACUCCACCCUUCUGGGUGAUGCUGCGAGCUGUGAAGGAGUUUGUUGACAAUGAAGGGAACGGCAACCUGCCUGUGCGUGGAACCAUUCCAGAUAUGAUGGCAGAUUCUCAGAAGUUUGUCAGCCUUCAAAAUGUUUACAGGGAAAAGGCCAUGCAGGAUGCAGCAGCAGUUUCAAAGCAUGUACAACAUCUGUUGCUGUCUGUUGGAAAGCCAUCUGAAAGCAUCUCUGAAAAUGACAUCAAACUAUUCUGUAAGAAUGCAUUCUUUCUGAGGGUGGUGUACUGCAGAUCUUUGGCUGAAGAAUAUAGUGCUGAUUUAAUAAAUAAAGAUGAAAUCACCUCUUGCAUGGACCCAGUCCAGAAUAGUGAGAUGGUCCUCUACCUCAUGCUUCGUGCUGUUGAUCGCUUUUAUCAGCAGCAUUGUCGCCACCCAGGCGUUUAUAACUACCAGGUGGAGGAUGACAUCAGCAAACUGAAGCUCUGUGUCAACAGCCUGCUGCAGGAAUACAACCUCAACAUCAACAUCAAAGAUGAUUAUAUCCAUGAAUUCUGUCGUUAUGGCGCCGCAGAGCCGCACACAGUUGCUGCAUUUUUGGGAGGUAAGGAGGCUGUCAAGAUCAUCAGCCACCAGUUUGUGCCCUUCAACAACACUUUUCUUUACAAUGCAAUGUCUCAGACCUCUGCCACAUUUCAGCUGUAA